CUAAGAUUACAAAACCGUCAUGGCGGACGAAAGUAACGAAGACAACAAAAAUAUGAUUUCUUGUUGCAAAUGUUCUUUGGAAUACGUCAGUGUCGCAUGUAACAGGACUCCCUUGUGUGUGGACUGGGGAAGGAAUGGCUGGCUGGCUUAUGGUGCUUGUUAUUCUAUAGCGUUGUAUCGCCCAAAGGUAGAGUUGUAGACUCAUUACACAUCGAAAUUUUUAUUUUCCACGUGCAUCCACGGGUUUGGUGAUUUAUGUUUCGGUGAAUAAUUGUUUUAUUUGAAUUAUAUAGACCGCUAAAUCUGGUUCAUUCGGGAGAGUGGAACAUAUUUUGAAUGGACAUAAAGACAGGGUGAAUUGUGUGCGGUGGAUACCUAGGCCGGGGUUCGGUGAGUUUACUGACAAAACGCCAGAAUAUUUCUUCUCAAUCCCACUAAUUUAAGGAGCGACCAAUAACUAAAAUCUUCUUACAUUAUUAAUACAUCAUUAAGUACAAAGGUAGUGAGAAAAAGAAAAUAUCAAAAAUGGAGUAUUGUAUGAUUUCUCACUUAAUAAAAAUCACCUGAGCUGGAAAUUACAUAUGGCCAACAGCAAAUGCAAUAAUUGGCGUGGAUGAUGAGGUCUUAGAAAUGAAGAUUUUUGUUGCUGUACUUAUUUCUAUUUUACUUUCAUUUUAUUACAGAGGAGGAGGAUGAAUUAGUUUCAGGCUCCACUGAUAAAUCAGUGAUUGUCUGGCAAAAGAAUGCCGAUCAAGAUUACACAGUAAGCUUUUGAUCAAAGUGUUAUUAUUUUUUUCUUGUAAUGGUGGAGUUCAGAAGUCACAGAAUGGAAAUUUCUGAGAUUUUGUUCACACAGUUGAUACUGCACAUAUUCAUAUUGUGGUACAAAUGAUUUAUCAUGAUUAGCUCUUUACACCCCAACAUCAGUAUGCAUAUUCUCCAUACUGUUCUCUAUAAAUUUCCUAAGUUGCUGACAAGGAGAGUUUAUUUGACAAUUGAGAGCUUCUGUAGUUGCUGAUCAUUUCCUUCAUUCUCAUGACCUUAAUGUUUGAUUCAGGGGUGAUGUUGUAAGAAGAAACUAGAGAUCAGUCACUCUUUGGAGUUGAAGGGUUUUAAUUUAGUGCUAACACUAAGGGACUCAUUUUAUGCUUGCAGUGGAAAGUUUCGUCUGUUCUUGAGGGUCAUCAGGGAGCUGUGAAUGCUGUGGCUGCUGUUAUUCUUCCUGUGUCUGAUAAUUCAAGAGCUACAAGAACUAUUAUAGUUUCUGCUUCUGCAGAUUCAUCAGUGAGGAUAUGGGAGCGUAAACAAACAGAGGGUACAAUCUGACAUUGUACAUGACCAUAUGCAUACAUUGUAAAUGUCAAGGAUUUGAUAAAGAUAUAGAGAAUCAGGAGCUUAGUGUAGAGCUAUAGGAGGAGGUAGUUAAUGUUCCAUACAAUUAUUGUAAUAUGCAAGGAUGCACUGCUGCCUGCUACGCACAGGUUGUAGAGUGCCAGACUGUUGUGGGGUUAGGUCAAAGAUCUGAGGCCCAGACCUGAUAAGGAUAUGAAAAGCAGGCCUUGUCUCCUGCAUCUUCUCUGUACUGGUUAGUGGGGAACGUUUGAGAACCCAUGCACUCGCACCCAUGCUUAAGUAGCAGGGAAUGUAGCUCCUGGUGUUUUGGUCUGACAUUGAUAUUGUUUAGACAGGCCCUGGUUUAAACCACUCUAAAGCUGAUCUGGGAUAGCCUGUCUAAAUAUUGCAAAUGCACUGUAGGUAAAUAAAUAAAUCACUACAGGAAGAGGGGGAGGGCAAAAAAGUGGGAGGGUUAGUACGUUAAGAUCAAUGUCUGAUAUGAUUAAUGGAAUGUACAAGGAUUAACAAAGGAUCAUCAUGAUAAGUAUCAUAAAUUCUAACCUUUCAGGAAACUUCACAUGUCUACAAACUGUAUCAUAUGGGAAUGGUUUCAUUUUAGCUGUGGCAAUUUCUUUGCUUCCUGGAACAUCAGGUUAUUUCUCUAGGUUACACAUUCAAUGAAUGUUGAUAAGUAUUCCUUGAACUGAGUUGAUUUUGUAAAUUGGCCACCAUCAAGAGUUUUGAAGCUGAUGUUUCAAGUGUUAGCCCUUCAUCAGAGCAAAAGAGGAAAGGCUAACACCUGAAAUGUCAGCUUUCAAACUCUUGACGGUGGUCAAUUUAUGUUAUCAACUCAGUGGAUAAUACUAAAUUACCUUGGUAUACUCUCCUACCAACGCAACACCUUACCCCCUUUAUUCAUGUAUGAAUGAAUCAUUUUAAACAUUUGGAUGUCAUACUGAUACAGUGCAAUUCAUUUAUGAUUGUACCACUCAUGUGUUGCAAAAAUGGUAAGAAAUUUUAUCAGCUGCAGAUGUUGACUUUAACAGGUAAUUAAGUGUUAACAACUGAGUUGAAAAUGUAAAUUAGCCACCGUUAGGGUUAGGGUUAAGGCUGACGUUUCGAGCAUUAUCCCUUCGUCUGAGCAAUGGGCUAACAAAUGAAGGGCAAACUCUUUACAGUGGCUAAAUAACGUUUUCAACUCAGUUUUCAACACUAAAUUACCUGCUAUACUCCCCCACCGACACAGCACCAUAGUUUCUUUAGAAACUUACCCCCUUUACUCAUUUGAUGCUAACUAUAGUUGGUGAGUUUUACAGAAAUCGCGGCAAUUUCAAUCAGGAAAACUGAAAGUAGCUCCUUAACUCCCAAGAUCCAAUUAGAAAUUCCCCCCAAUUACUGCCAUACUUUUCCUUGUAUCUUAGAUGGGAGAAUUUGGAAUCUUAUUCCAAAAUAAUACCCUCCAGCUGAUGAGCUUGUCUGUUUUCAUAACGUGUUUACAAGAUGAACAUUUGAAAUCAAUAGAAGUUAAGUGUUACUCACUUGUGGAAUGGAAGAUGAUAAUUUUUCUUCCCUUUAGUUCCUGUAAUCGUGUGUGGUGGAGAAGAUUGCAAAGUGCACUUGUUUACAGAGAAGGACAACAAGGUAUGUAAGCCUCAAACUUCCACAGAAUUAUUCUUUGGGCACAGUCUGAGAAGAUUAUCAAUAAUUAUAAAUCUUGACGCUCACAUGUUUGAAGUGAGUGUUAUUUGAACUGUUUUGAAAUGGUUUUUUUAAGAUUGUCUUACCUGUAUGUAUGCUCAUUUAUUUUUAUUUUUAGCUAUACAACAAAAAUAAACAUACAAAACUUUCCCCAUAUAAAUCUAUAAUUUGACACUCUUGCUGAAAACAGUUAAAUGUACAUUCCAUAGCUAGUAGCAGAAUGAAUAAUUUGUAGAUAUUUCUUACAUUUUUUUCUCAUUUAAUACUUGUAGUUUAUGAAAGUACAAAGUUUAUUAGGCCAUGAGGAUUGGAUCAGAGGCACAAACUUUGCAUUAGAAGGUUUGUUACUUUAUUUCCUUCUUACUAAAUGUUUAGAAUCCUAUGAUUACAAUACUCACAUUCUACUGAUAAUUUUAUCGCUUGAAUUUCCUUUUUGGAAUUCCCUGCCUGGAAGUUUAUUUUUACCGUAAAUGGUUUGAAUGCGGGAGAAGCAUUUGAUGGUGUAAAUACUUCCCAUUCAAUCUUUAGAUUUCUAGGUAGACUACAUUAUACAAUAAUACACUUUAAAAUUCUCUGAGAGCCUUAGCGAUCUUCGCUAAACACGUAUGUCCAAGAAAACCUUAUCUUCGUCGAGCACUUCACGUUCAACCGUCAGCCUUAAAAAGGAUAAUUGAAACGUAACAUUAGUAUUCCAGAAGACACGAUAUAUUUCUAAUACUCACGCGCAGCUAAAUUCUUCGAUAGCACAUGCACCAACGUGGCACCCUUCAAAAGUAAAGCUAAGCGCAAAUGAUAUAAUAGACACGACAGAUGGUGUACAUGUAGUCUGAUUGUUCAACAUGGCUAGCAAAGACAACCUUAUCGGAAAGUCACCAUCAACUUAUAGUAACUGAUAGUAAUUUCCGCCAAGGUUGUCCAAACAUUAGUCACUAAUACUGUUAAUAGUCUUUCCCAGGUACACUCUGACUAGUUUUGUUUUGUCAGUAAUAUGGUUAUUAAACAUUCUAACUUUAACCUUCUAGCCUUUUGUUUUUACUUCACAGAUGGUGGAGAUCUUCUUCUUGUCAGUUGUUCACAGGAUAGCUUCAUCAGGAUCUGGAGAAUUUCACUUUCACUGAAAUAUCCAGAAUCUAAUUCUGACAUCUUACAAGAUGAAUUUAAAGAACUGAAACUAACUUCCAAUGUUUUUAGUGUAAUUAACGAAGGUACUGAGACAUUUGUAUUUCCUUUGCAAAACUGUUGUUCUCUGAAGUAAAACAAUUCAGCCAUCAAACGUUAAUUGUACAUAACGCUAUUUUGACAUUGCCAUUCAAUAUUAAAACCAAACCUUGUAUUUAAAGGAACACUUUUUAUGUUUUUAUUUUUUUAAGGAUCGUCAAAAGACUUUUCAGUUGUGCUGGAGUCAGUCCUGACUGGACACGAAGGUUGGAUAUACGGGGUUCAUUGGCACCCUGCAAUUAGGAGAGGUGAGCAAGUUUUUUUCCCCUCUGGAGGUAAACAGUGCUUAAGCAUGCCCUGUGCCUGAUUUUGUUGACGCAAGUCUACAGUCUUUUUUCGUUCUGGUUAAAUGGUGAAAACUACUAUUCUUUCCUUAUUUAUGGAUCAAACUCAUAAUGUUUCAUGUUUCUUACUUUAUCUCCACGUUGGACGCUUUCAAUACGCUGAUCCAAGUAAUAUACAGAAUACACGCACGCUACGAAGAGGAGGGGUCUUUCUGCGCGUUUUUGUGCUUUCUCGCGCGUUUUCUCGCUCACAGGGUUUUCAUGAGCAGCGGUCUCACGGGUAGAUCUAUCCGCUUGUAUUUCGUUUGUAUCCUGUUUGUAGCCUUCAGGCAGACGUCAUUGUACUUCAAAAAUACAUUUAAUUCUCUUCAAGUUAGGUGACUUAUAAGAACAGCAAAAGAACAUAACUUAGAAUAGACCUGAAAAUGCUCCAACCUUCAUCUUUACCUUUAUCUUUAAUUUCACAGGGGAUGGAUCGUUCACUCAGCCCAUGUCAUUACUAUCAGCCUCUAUGGAUAAAACAUUAAUUGUUUGGGCACCUGACAAAGAAUCUGGUGUUUGGUUGGAGAAGGUAGAGUGCGUACUCGCGCCAAGUGUCCCAUGCAGCCGGAGCAUAUCCCAAUUUCUUUCGCAUGAAGCGACUAGGAAUAUUACUUCCCCCCCCCCCUCUCCACUCCCGCCAAUCGGAUGAUGUCAGUCCUUCUCAAGUGCUAAUACCCCUUCCCCCGGUCAGCAUUUAAUUAGGCUUCCCUGAAAAUUCUCUGAUACCAAUUUAUAAACUUUUGUGGAGAGAGCGUUUAUAAGCGUGAGUUGUUGUGCCCAAGAACACAACAUAGAGACCCGGUCAGGACUCGAACCCACUCGGCGUCCAGUCCACCGCACCUACCUUCAUUAUGAAAAGAAAAAAAAAGAAAGAAAAAAACGACAACAAUAACAACAGAAUGGAACGAAGUAAAUGAAAGAAAAACAAAAAAUGAAAAAAAGUUGUUUGCUUCUUCGAGCGUCUGCGGGCAAUUGAAGCACUUAGUUGAUUGUCAACUUGAUUGGUUCCUAACCCAUGACACAGACCAGUAAACUGUAAGUUGAUCAUAACGACUUGGACUGUAAAGUUUUUCAGAAAUUAUCAGUCAUAAUACUCCCCCCUCUCCCUUCUCCCUCGUUUUGACCAUCCCUCACUACAAAUUUUUUCCUCUCUCCAGCCUUCUGCUGCUGUAAAAAUCGAAGAUGGCAGCUAUCAUUAAUUUUCACCAAGAAAAGACGAGACUUGUUGGCCAAUAUUAAACGUGCUAUGCAUGCUAACUAACCAAAAACUUUGUUUCAAAAUCUGUUGUUUAGGUUCGUGUUGGAGAAGUUGGAGGAACAACUCUUGGUUUCUAUGGGGCUGUUUUCAGUCCAGAUGGCCAAUCUAUCCUUGGGCAUGGAUAUCUCGGAGCAUUUCAUCUGUGGAACAAUGUUGCGUAUGAGGUAGAAGUGUAUGAUUGUAAAGUUUUGGUAUUCAGUGAAAAUAUCAUGUGAAGUUGGGGAUACAGAGCAGCUUCACAAGGGCCGAUUACCGGCCAAAAUCGCCGGCAAGUCUUACAGCCUGAUCUGGCUCUGUAGCUCAGUUCAAUCAGGAUCUAGGAGGCACGGGUUCGGAUCCCGUCCAAGCCUGCCUUUUUUUCGCCAGUCUCCUUUUCUUCAUUCUACCUGCGAGAAUCAUUAUUUGCUUUACUAUCUUUUGUUUUCAUUAAUUUACAGUGCGAGGAAAGGUGGGAGCCUGGUGUAACAGUUGGUGGACACUUUGGUCCUGUGCAGGUGAGCCACUAAUGAAGGUGACAAGAAAAAACCAUAAUUUGGCCACUGUUUGUCAGUAUAUUAGUAUUGGCGACGUCUACGUUUUUUUUUUCGCUUUUGAGCGCUAGCUCUUCCAUGAUAUAUCUAAAAUUGAAAACUAAGUGGUACAUAGACUAUUAAUAUAAUAAUAAUAAUAAUAAUUAUUAUUAUUAUAAUGAAGGAUUUUAAUAGCACCUUUUCAUUCAGCUCAUGGCGCUUUACAACACUUUGCGGGGGACUUUAGCCAGACAGCAUUGAGGAGUUUAUUAUUUUUUUUUUUUGAAGCUCUACAACAUGAGCUAAUCAGACUAUUCUUCUGUUUAUUGCCCUGAUUAUCUGUUACUUUAAUCUAUGAGCUUUGAAAAACCAUUCUUUAAUCACUAGUUUCAAUAUAAGCCGGUUCCUGGCGGUCUACCGCCGCCCUUAAGACGGUUUAACCAUCGACAACCGCUGAUGGAAAAAGAUAUGGAAAGCCAUGUUUGAUAAAUUUAUACAGUGCUUUUGCAAUUUACUGCAAGGGAAUUCAUUUUGUUCUUAUAGUUCUGCAAUGUCUGUUUGUAAAGGUUAUCAUUGAUGGACUUGGUGCUUAGUCCCGGUUUUCGGAGUGCUUUAGUGAACGACACGAUAGAAGCGGCAGAACGUAAAAAAAAAAAAACAGAGGCUUGAAUCGGGUUGAAGAAAAGAGGGGGUUUGGGUCGGGUCACGUAACCCAGCUCAAGCCUCCCUCGAUUUUUCACCCAGCCGCUAUUGUUGUGGCGUCCACCGUCGCACUCUGUUUUCCAUAUUAAACGCUUGCAACAAGCUAGGUUUAAAAUCUGUUAAACUAGUGUGAGACGAAGAGAAAUCUGAGUCGUCCCUGAGGAUUUGAACGAUAGCGAGAUCCAAUUUCAAUGUUGGAUGCUCGACCAACUGUGAUAAGAGACGAUAUUUUAUUUUAGGUUUAUAUGUGACAAGUGUCCUACUUCCUGCCAGCAUCAGCCUUGUCUGUAGCAUCCUUUGUGGAGAGUGACAAAGAUGUUUUAUUUUUAGCUCGGUUGUCGAGUGAAUAAAGUUGUGAUUCAUUUGUCAUGAGCUGGGAACAACGAAACCUUCCUUCGUGUUGCUAACUAACUCGAAACAUUCCUUAUCUAUUACAGGACAUUGAUUGGGAUCCAAUAGAUGGGCAGUUUCUUGUGAGCGUCAGCAGUGAUCAGACAACAAGAUUACAUGCUCCUUGGAGAGGAGAAGAAUUUCAAGUAAGUUCGAGUCGUUGGUGUGUUUAUUGAUCAGUGGUGUAGUAAGUUUAUGAUGAUUUUAUAUGGUAAGCCGAAUUAUACAUGCAUUUUGAUCGAUUCUUAAUUAUGAUCGAUUGGAGAACAGAUUCAUGGAGAUGUCACCAUUAACUUGUUUGUUGUUUUUUUAUCUGCUAUAUAAAACAAGUGGAUUACAUGUUUCCGUGCGUCUUUACAGUUAUAGGUCACAGAAGACGUCAAAAUUUGAUAAAAACAUCAGUGACACACUCGGCUGUGCUUCGUGAGCCACUUACUUGUAUUUGACGUCUUCUGUCAGCUAUUCCUCUACAGAUGCACGGAAACACGGAAUCUAUUUGUUAAGUAAAUACACUUUGGAAACUUUUGCUGAUCUUAUGAAUAUAAUCCAGUCGAUGUUGGGGAUGUUUAUCCCCGUUUACAAAACUUUAAGAUAUGCAAAAUGCGUUGGAAAAAAAAACACACAAAGUAAAACAAAAAGAUUGAAAAAAUAUAAAUUCGAUUUCUAUUCUAUUCUAUUGCUUGUUCCUAAUUUCAUCAGGAACAUUCCUAGUCACUUUAUGCAGAAGAAAUCUGGGCUGGCUCCGGGAGUGUGAGCUUUUGGGGUCGUUUUAUCCAUGCCUUAUAUAUAUAUAUGUAUAUUUCUUUUUUUUUUCCAGAGGCCUGUUUGGUGCGAAAUAGCCCGUCCACAAGUACAUGGAUAUGACAUGCAAUGUCUGAGCAUGCUUAGUAGAUACAAAAUGGCGUCUGGAGCUGACGAAAAGGUAAAGGUGUUCAAGACUUCCUCCCUCCCCUCCAGGGUCUUUUCUCUUUCCGAUGGAGAGGCUCUCGUAAGAUGGGUGAGGGUUUAAAGUACAAUUCUCUUUUUUUCCCUUCCUUUUCUGCGUUUUGACGGUGAAGCGUCCCAAGAGAAUAUCAUUUUGAUUUUUUUGCCAAAAUGGACUCAAUUGUCCGAACUUGGACGGAAUCGCAUGAAAACAGCUGCAAGUGUUCCUAAAGGGUAAUCAGACGGAUGCGAGUGUUGAAAUUCGGAUGGAAUUGUUGUGAGACGGACCCAAGUGUUCAAAAUUGGACGGACACGUUCGAAAAUUCAUGGAAGUAACCGGAAACAGACAUGAGAGUCUGUCAAUGGACGGAAGUGUUCGGAAAACAGACGUAAGUGUCCGAUAACGGACACAACCGUUCCAAAAUGGGCAUACAUGCAAAUGUCUGGAAUCUGAGGGGAUUAUCCGAAAACAUGUGAAAGUUUGCAGAAACAGAGAAAGACAAAAUGGGCACUAGAAACCAGGAAGGAAAAAGAGUACCAUGGGAUGGAAAUAUAAAAAAAUGGUUUUAACUGAUGAACUUGAAAAAAUUGUAAUAAAAAAAUGUGGUUACUGUUCAUCGUGGUGUAGGAUAGGACAUGAACUUUGUUCGUUUGUCUCACGAUGGAGUCACUUUGGAUGUUAAGGUUAAGUAUGUUUUUUAGGGAGCUCAACGUUUGGGAAAAAACGGAUCUUUUCUCAUUUCAGGUGUUAAGGAUAUUCAGCGCACCCCGCCAAUUUAUAGAGACGUUUCAAAAACUAUGCAAAUUGGAGGAAAAUGAAGAGGUAUUCAUAUUAAGGUUGAUAGUGUAUAAAAGUGCAGUUUGAGAUUUGGGAGUUCAAAACACAGUCUUUGAUCUAUUUUCGUUGCAUGUUUUCGAUACAUACUGCCUCGCUGCUGAAAUCAAAAGAAACCUACGCCUUGCUUUGGAGUUGACAUACACACGACACUUUAACCAGGACUGUAAGAGUUUUUAAGAAAUUUAAAAGCUACCUCAAUUUUAGGUAUAGACAAUAUCAAAUCGAUUAUUUAAUUUAUGUUCUACUCUGUGUGGAAGAAGCUAUUGGUUGUAUGGUAGAAGGGGUGGGGUGGAUGGGAGGAACAAUAACAGUUAUUUUGUCACGCAUGCGUUAUGAGAGUUUCAAACGUUACAUGCGACCUCGCAUCCAAGUGUCAGUUGGAAUGUAACGCAACGCCUUUUGAAGCCGUGCAAAUGGCGAGAAAUCACGUAUGGGUAAUACAAUAUUCAUUUUCCUUUAGACGCAUGAUAGUUUACCCGUCGGAGCUAGUGUUCCGGCUCUUGGACUCUCAAACAAGGCGGUAUUUGAAGGUUAGAGACUGUAUGUUAGAACUGUUUUUUUUUUCAGUUUAAUCUACGGCUUAUUUAUUAGUACACGUGCAAAGAAAACGCCUAUGACUUGUGACUGAACUGCAACGGCUCUCUGGACGCUUUCGCUCCUAGGAGUGACCAGGAAGGAGGAGGUUCGAGAGCACUGAAUUUGAAAUCCGGAAGGGAUGGAGGCUAGUUCAAAUCCUCCAUCCAUUAGUGGAUAUCUAAUUUUUCUUUCGUAAUAGUCCUGAUUUCAACUCUUUUGUUACACUUGAUAAAUAGCUAACAUUUUGGUCCUCAUUUGCCAUAUUUUUAUCUUGAUUUAACUGUUUCCCACAGUCGCACAGCAGCGCCAAAAACUUUAGCAGUUGAAUGAACGUGUUGAUUUGUUUUUAUUAUUACUAUUACUAUUAUUAUAGUUGUUGUUAUUAUUAUUGUUAUUUCACUUGUAAUAAGGUAUAUUUUGUUUUUGGAAGUAAAGCUAGAAUUUAAGAUUUGAAAUAAGGGAGAGUUAUUUUUGUCCUUCAUAGAGUUGAAUCUUCUUAACCCUUUUGACCUUAGAAGUGGCCAACAUCCAAUUUCUCCUUACAGUAACAUUACUGAAUUAUUCAUUAAGAUCACGAGAAUAAAGGAAAUGAUCUCCAAUCUAAGAGGCUCUGAUUGUCAAACAAAUUCUCCUUGUCAGUCACAAAGGAAGUGAAUAGAGAAAAUUAUGGAGAAUAUGGACACUGAUGUUAGGAUGUAAAGGGUUAAACACUGAAUUCUUUAUUGAUCAGGUGACAUGGACAGCCUGAGAAGGGACCUUGAAGACCCAGCGAGGCCCAUGAAGUCGUCAGCGUUUGCCAGUGAGGAGCCGGCUCCAUUUACCCCGGUAUUAUUGAAAGGUUCGUCCCUGUGAUGCUUUCCUUUUUUAUUUCGUAGCAAAUUGUUCUCGUCAAUGGCUUUUUUCUUAUCUAUCGCUAGGCUAACACAAAGCUAAUCACAAAUCCCGUAAUUUACAAAGUGUUUUAGUUGCCUUGGCAUAGACUGAAAGGUUGAAGAUUUAACUUUUGUGUUUUCUUGACUUUCUUAUUAUUUUCAGAACCUCCCACCGAAGAUAUCUUACACCAGAACACGCUAUGGCCUGAAGUACAGAAACUGUGAGUACAAAGUUUUUCUUUUCCCUUUUCGUCCAAUGCACGUCCUUUAAAUACGCCGCAUACCAUUUAUUAGCAUAAACUUGCUGCUAUUUUGCAGACGACUAUAAAGAUGUUUUUGUUUUGUUUAAUUUGCUUUGUUUCGUAAACAAAAACAAAAAAAACAAGAAAAUAUUCUGCCCGGCUCAAUUGUAAAGUAGACUUUGAAAGAAACUUUAAAAGGACCUUACGAUUGACUGCUUGGCAAUAGGUUCUUUGUCCAAAUGUUUUUUUACAUUCGUCCUUUUAAUCUAAUCAGCUUUGUGUUCCUCUUUUUCUGUCACUCAGAUAUGGUCACGGAUACGAGGUUUUCUGUGUGGCUUCAAGUCCUGAUGGGACAUUACUCGCUUCUGCUUGCAAGGUUUUAACAUGACUUUCUUACCUUGUUCCUUUACUAGUGAUAUGUCAUAGCGUGACUUGACCAUGUGGGUAGGGUGGGGUGUGUCGAUGAGGGGGGGGAGGUGUUAUAGCGAAGUGUUUUUGACACAGAGCAACCUUUAAUGGGUGUCUAAAGUAAUCCGGGAUUGCAUUAGUUUUUGCCUUAGUUGUGAUUUUCCCCGAAAACUCGCACUACUCUCCUGACUAAUCAGAUCCAAAACUAAAACCAGUCACGACUUGGUUGCCCGCAUCUUCCCGCGCUUCAGGCAGUUCUUUGAGUUGUCUGUGACUCCUUAUUUUCUUCGUUCCGAUUGGUCACUUGAUAAUUUUGGUUUGGGACCUACGAAACACACCGAAAUGCGUACGAAUAUCUUUUAAUUCUCGUAUAGGCGAAUCGGGGAUUGUGUUUCCUAAGCAGGAGAAGAUUAUAAUAAGCGGUUUUCUGUACGUUGAUGUGAUUUUUCUGUAACAUAUUCCCAUUCUUGUUUUCUUUGUAGGCCUCUAAACCAGAACACGCUGCAUUAAUAUUAUGGGAUACCACCACGUGGAGACAGAUCUGCUCGUUACCCUCUCACGCACUCACUGUAACACAAAUAGCCUUUGAUCACAGUGGCCAGCGGCUUCUAUCUGUGUCACGUGACCGUUGUUGGUCUGUUUUCAAGAGAAAAUCAAACGACGAGAAAGGUGAGACUUAACUGAGAUCUAAGAGAUCACAACAGCCAAUCAUAACAAAGUUCAACAGCACAAGGAACCAAUGAGAGCUUAAAAUUUGCCUGUAGCUAAGCGCGGGAAGAAGGAGCAAGGUAGUUUCCCGUACAUUCUGCUGAACUCUGACAAGUCGUUUAGGUUUAUUUUUAUAUUUUACCUAGGGACUGGUUAUUGCGGGGGAGACGGGUUGUGUGACGAUAAGGUUUACCGGCCCCUUUCCCCCCUCCUCUUAGGCUCUGCAGAAUUAUGAUGUUCCCCUUCCUCACUGCCAGUCAAGUUUCUCUGGGCCCCACCCUCCCCCCCUUAAUACUCUGUUAGUGACAACUGAUCCCCCUUCCGUUCUCUCUGAAAACCAUAUGAUUCCUCCCCCUCCGAUAUCCUCCGAAUCCCCCCACUCCCACCCCCGACAAUAAGUGAUGAGUGUUCCGUUAUUUGCUUAUUUCAUUUUUUUGUGGAUGCUACAGGUCAGCUCUUCAGUCUUGUUGCUCGAAGCGACAAGAAGAAUCAACACGCAAGGAUUAUUUGGUCAUGUGCUUGGAGUGAAGAUGACAAAUACUUUGCCACAGCUUCAAGGGAUAAAAAGGUCAGCGUUCCCCUUCGUGAGAAAUUCUUUUUUAAGUCAAUAGCAUACAAGUUUUACAUUUCGUGUUUGCGGAAACUUGCGAUCCGAAGAAUCUACGUGAACUAAAUCCAUUCCGAUCAGUGUCAGUAUCUGAGAAACUGCGCACCUGCCCCUCCAAUAAUCCAACACAAACCCAAACUUGUUAUUAGUUCACUGUUGUUAGAUAAGGACAGGGGUAGGUGUGCAGUUGGUUAGACACUGACAUUGAACCAUCCAUGCUGUGCAGGGUAAUUCAUUUACCUUUCCUUAUCCUCGCAUGUAUACGAGUCCUUUGACGCACGAGAAAAAGCAGCGGUAUUGGCCAUUUCACGCAAGGCGCGCGAAAUUCAUAACUUUGGCCCCCGCGUGAAAUAUCCUUAUAACGGCCCUGAUUUCAUGGUGGUUCGACCAUCACUUUCUAUCUAUUUUCCUGGCAGGUCAUAUUAUGGGGUAGCACGGACAUUUCUAGCGACAACUGGCAGGCGGCUUCCAGUCCUGUAGAUAUCGGUGAAGCUGCCACCGCCGUAGAUAUUGCGCCAUGGGUCAAUAAUGGAAGGUAAGAUAUCUUCGAAAUUGUAAAUAGGAAACUGUGACUCUUUACACUACUUUCACCCCGUGAGAAAGUUUUGUUGCCACGCUUGAUGGAAACUGGAAACCGUGCACCAAGACUAAGAGUGCUACUUAAGAACUUUCGAAUUUCAAUGACGCUUAAACGCUUUGCGGGCCCCACCUCACAGGUUAAUUUGUUGUUUUAAAAUAUUAAAACGAAAACAAAAUCAAAAUAAAACAGGACCUAAAGUGACCAUCACGCUAUGAUUGAUAUUUAACGGUAAGACUAUGAUGAGGAAUUUUAUUUUUCUUGGCCGUUUAGGUACACUAUUGCUGUUGGUUCUGAAUCAGGCCGUAUAUUUCUAUAUUCCUGGAGUUUGAAUGGAGCUAGCCGUGCAAGUGGCCAGUGGAGUCUUCUUCACACUUUGGACCAAUCGUAUCCUUUACAACUUUUUGGAUAUUAUUACGCUGUGUUUAGAAGCAUAUGAGAGGAUUCUUUUGACCUCCUUUAGAGAACAAACUGUUACUCGCAUAUACAAAGUUUUUAGUCAUUUGAUGGUAUUAGUGAAAAUAAUUCUAUCGUGUUGAUUUGUGGCAAUUGAUUCGUUGCUUAUAUUUUUUUCCUUACAUCUUGCAACUUUAAUACACAGGAUUUGUCACGUGCUUACAGUUCGAAGGUUGCGAUGGAGACGAACUAAAGAUUUUGAUAAAAGUGCGACUUUACAGCUGGCGAGCUGUAGUUUGGAUCAUAGUGUGAGAAUAUUCAACGUAGCAGUCGCUAGGUGACAAGGUGUGUGAUAGUCACGCAAUACCCUAAAAUAAAACUGAAAUGCAAGCCGUCACGCCACACUCUGGUUUUAGAAAACACUAAGAAAAGGACAUGUAGUGGCUGUUCCGGUGUGGUUUAAAGGUUUCAUACAGAGCUGCACUUCCUGUCUCAAUAUUGUCGGAAAAUGUUCGAUACCGUCUUAGCAUCAAUGCACAACAUUCUUCCAACCUCUGUAAACGAAUGAAGCUGUGUGAGAUCUAUCACUUGAUUUCAUAAGUUGGUGGAUAGUGGAACGCCACACUUGAAAGUUCUGCCUUGUAUUUUAGACCGCAAACGUCACUACCAAACAUCAUCAACAAGCGAGAAAACCCUCUCUUGUGGGAGGCAAUGCAAGCCCUUCCCCCAAAUGGGCGGAAUAACAUUGAAGUUUUUCUGUCAAAACAUUGAACUUUGAUAGCCCAACAGAAAAUGUGUUAUCGCAUGGGUGGAAGGGAAGGGAAGAUGCAAUCGAAGAAAGGAUGAGAAAAAUCAUGGUGUCAAUUUUACGAUGGGUUAUCUAUCGACUAUUGUGGAUCUUACGAAGGACAGUUAUCCCAUAUCACGAGGACUUUAAAUGUUAUCCAAAAAAUACUAAAAGUAAACGAAUG